AUGAACAACACCGACUUCAAAUCCAUCAUCUACGCCACUUCACCCGACGGCAAGGUGGCGUACAUUACUCUCAAUCGCCCCAAACACUUCAACGCAAUUGACCAGAAUAUACCAACGGAACUGAGAGCUGCAGUCCGCUUGGCCAACUUCGAUCCAAAUGUUCAUUGCAUUGUCAUCAAGGGCAACGGGCCAGGGUUCUGUGGAGGCUACGAUUUGAGUACAUACGCCGAGCGUGCCCAGCGCGGUCAAACCGAAGGCAGUCAGGAUCUCAGCAAAGGUUACGACCCGUUCCAGGACUACCUCUUCAUGGGCGAAGCCACAGACUGCUACUCGGAGCUAUUUCGUAGCCACAAACCCACCAUCGCCCAAGUCCACGGAGCAGCUGUCGCAGGUGGAAGCGACAUCGCGCUCUGUUGCGACCUAGUCAUCAUGGCAGACGACGCCAGAAUCGGAUACCCGCCCAGCCGAGUAUGGGGAUGCCCUACAACAGCCAUGUGGGCGCAUCGGAUUGGCGCGGAAAAGGCAAAGAGGAUGCUAUUCACAGGUGAUCUUAUCGACGGAAAGGAAGCCGCGGCCAUGGGUCUUGUUUUGAAGUCUGUCCCAGAGGCUCAGCUGGAGGAAACGGUGGGGUUGUUGGUGGACAGGAUCAAGACUGUGCCCAUCAAUCAACUCUGGAUGCACAAGCAGGUUAUUAAUAGUGGUAUUGAGGGUGCGGUACGAUCGAGUCAGCGUCUGGCAACUAUUUUUGAUGGCAUCACGCGGAAUUCGCCUGAGGGGAUUGCGUUUCAGAGCACGGCUAUGCAGUCUGGUUUUAAGGCUGCUGUGAAGCAGAGAGAUGAGGCUGGAAAUAGCGACUCUUACCGGGAAAGAUGGAAGAAUAAGCUGUAA